GAGCUUCACAACACCAAGAAGAGAGGGACGCUGAGGAAUUCAAUUGUUCGACCUCCACGCAAAAAUGUUGUGUUUACGUUGCUCUCGGGGCCUGAGUGCCUUCUCUGGAUUAUCUAGAGCGACGAGAAUACCACAAUCUCUCACCACCAAAGGAGCUGCAGCCGGAGCAUCAAAAAGGUAUCAUCCACCUCCUCCCACCAUACCAUCCCACACCAACAAUCAACCGCCAACCCAACUAACACCCACAGAACAUUCACAAAUCUCACCCCCCGCCGCCCAACAAUCUUCCCCUCCACCCAACGCUCUUUCGCCCCACCUACUCAAUCCCUCCCCGCCACCGCAACCACCACCUCGCACACGGGAGAAAUCCUCGAUGUCGCGAUCUUGCCGUACAAGAUGUCGGGCCACGAAGCGAUGAGGGGGAUGCAGGUCCGUUGCGCGCCGAGGAAUACGUUUAAUCCGAGUCAUUUUGUGAGGAAGCGACGGCAUGGGUUUUUGGCGAGGUUGAGGAGUCGGACCGGACGCAUGAUUUUGAAGAGGAGGAGGGUGAAGAAGAGGAGUACUUUGAGUCAUUAGGUGGGGGGAGGGAGUGUGAGAUGGUGUCGAGGCAUGGUGGGAAAAGAGGGAGAGGGGAGAGGGGGAGAGGGGUGUAUGAAUAUUUGAAGAUGGUGGGGAUGCGGAGGAUAUACUUGUAUGAAUGGAUGCCAUUGGUUGCAUGUUUUCAAGUUAAGGGUAGGCUUCAAGUUGUCAAAUCUUAUCGAAACUAAGUCGACGGUUGAGUCAAAGGAUUCGCUUUGAUCCGUUUGAUUUCAUUCUGAAAUAGGCUGGAUUGUUGUGUCUUGUGGGUGGUUCGUGGAGAGCAAAGUCAGACUCUCUGGGCUUGAGUAUUUGAGCACCUCUUCAAGGGUCACUGUGGCUUUCUUCUUCUCCUUGUUUGGGUAAUAUGAUACUCGAUGACUACAGCUAGGU